CAUAUUUUGUAAAUUAAAAAAAGAAUCCCAUUUCCCGCCGGGCGGAGAUUACCAACACACUAGUCCCAAAGCAACUAUAAAUACCAAUGACAGACAGAAGCUCUCGUAGCAACGCUGCCUGAAACCAUGGACGGAAAAAGCUCUAGCAACACUGCCGGAAAGCCUAUCAGGUGCCGAGCUGUGAUUGCUAGGAAACCACGGGAACCGCUGGUGAUCGAGGAAGUGAUAGUGGCUGCACCAAAACCUCGCGAAGUUCGAAUCAAAAUCAUAUGCACAUCGCUUUGCCAUAGUGAUAUCAACUACUGGAAAUUGGAGGUAGAUAGUUGUUCGAGAUCAAAAUUUAAUAAAUCAAUCGUGUUUUUUUUGUUGAUGUUAAUUAACGAUUGUUGUUUUCUCCUAAAGCGUUCUCCUGCAAUUUUCCCCAGAAUACUCGGUCAUGAAGCAAUUGGGGUUGUAGAGAGUGUUGGUGAAGGAGUACAUGAAGUUGUUGAAGGAGAUACCGUGAUCCCAAUGUUUUUGCCGGAUUGUGGUGAAUGUGCAGAUUGUUUGUCCAAAAAAAGCAACCUGUGUUCAAAAUAUCCUUUCCAUUGUACUCCAUGGGUGGGUAGAGAUGAAACAAGCAGAUUCACAGACAUGAAUGGAGAAACUUUAUACCAUUUCUUGUUCGUAUCAAGUUUCAGUGAAUACACAGUGGUUGAAGUUGCUCGUGUAAUCAAAGUUGAUCCAGCAAUCCCAGCAAACAGAGGCUGCCUCUUAAGUUGUGGAGUAUCAACAGGGGUAGGUGCAGCUUGGAAAGCUGCAAAUGUGGAAACUGGAACUACAGUUGCUAUAUUUGGACUUGGUGCAAUUGGGCUAGCUGUUGCUGAGGGAGCAAGGUUAUGUGGAGCUAAAAGGAUCAUUGGAGUUGAUGUGAACCAAGACAAAUUUGAAAUAGGAAAGAAAUUUGGAGUUACUGAUUUUGUGAACCCACGUAACAUUGGGGACAAAACUGUCAGCCAGGUGAUAAUUGAGAUGACUGAUGGAGGUGCAGAUUAUUGCUUUGAGUGUGUUGGUUUGACUUCUCUUGUGCAUGAAGCUUAUGCUGCUUCUAGAAAGGGAUGGGGGAAAACGGUUAUCCUAGGAGUUGACCAACCGGAGGCAAUGUUGACUUUAAGUUCUUUUGAGGUACUUCACAGUGGAAAAUCAAUCAUGGGUUCUCUUUUUGGAGGUCUAAAACCAAAAUCUGAUAUCCCUGUUCUCAUAAAACGCUGCAUGGAUAAGGAACUACAAUUAGAUGCAUUUGUGACACAUGAGGUUGAGUUUGAAGACAUCAACAAGGCUUUUGACUUGCUUCUUCAAGGGAAGAGCAUAAGGUGUGUGAUUUGGAUGAAGGAAUGAUCAAAGCUCGUUGCUACAAAGAAGCCUUUCUUUCUUAAAUUGGUGACUUUAUUUGACUCUUAAACAUUUUUAAAUAAUAAUAAUCGGUCUACAUGACUCUUGAAAUAUAUAUUGGAUGUGAGUGACUCAUUUAGAUUCACAUAAAAUAAAACUUGUAGAAAAGUCUUAUAAGCUUUUGUCCUUCUCACUAUCACUAGAGAUGCACAUUGGCGUUUUGGAUUAAUAUCAGGACGGUCUUAAAAUAGUUUGGUCUUUUUAGG